AUGGACUGCUUAAGUGGCAGCUGCUGGUUCUCCAUCCAGAUAUUGGCGCUCAGCAUCAGACUCCUUUUAGGUUUCCCGGCUGUGAAAGACCCCAGUUCUUCUUGUACACUGAACAGAACUACUGGGGAAUCUGUGCAGUUGACACUGAACUCCUCACCAGACCCUAAUAUCCGAGAGAUUGAGUGGUCUUGGGAGCCCCCAUCUAAGGAAAGGCAGCUUCUGGUGUCCUGGAUACUCAAUGCCCCUGGUCCUGAUUGGUAUGACAUUAAAGACCUCAAGAACAGAUUCAACCUGACGAAGCUGGCUUUCCUGAUCAUCAUGAAUGUCACCGUGGAAAUGAGUGGGCUGUACACAGCAGAAAUCAAAUUCCACUCAGAACAAUCUCAAGUGAAGGCCUUUCGACUCUGUGUAUAUGGUUUCCAGGCUGUGAAAGACCCCAGCUCUUCUUGUACAUUGAACAGAACUGUGGGGGGAUCUGUGCAGCUGACACUGAACUCCUCACCAGACCCUAAUAUCCGAGAGAUUGAGUGGUCUUGGGAGCCCCCAUCUAAGAAAAGGCAGCUUCUGGUGUCCUGGAGACUCGAUGCCCCUGGUCCUGAUUGGUAUCAAAUUAAAGACCUCAAGAACAGAUUCAACCUGACGAAGCUGGCUUUCCUGAUCAUCAUGAAUGUCACCGUGGAAAUGAGUGGGCUGUACACAGCAGAAAUCAAAUUCCACUCAGGACAAUCUCAAGUGGCGUCCUUUCGACUCUGUGUAUAUGAGCCCGUUCCACACCCUCAGAUUAAGACUCAUUUUUCAUCCAGCACAUCAGGCUGGUGCAAUAUUACUUUCGAGUGUGACACCCCAGGGUACACUGAAGACCUCACUGUGUCUUGGAUGAGCAAUGAUCUGGGGCAGAAUGGGACACUGGGGCCAACCCCCUACUCCAAGAAUCUGAGCCUGAGCCUGCCCAUAGACCAAUGGAAUGGCCAUCUCAUCUGUGUGGUCAGCAAUCCUGCAGACCAGAAGAAUGGCACCUUAGACCUGAAGGACAUCUGUCCACAGAAGGGUCAUCCUCAGAGCAAUUGGCUUUGGAAAGUCAGCAUCUUCUUGGGUCCACUGGUUGGCCUGGGGAUAAUCCUGUGGAUCUGCAGGUGGAGGAAGAUGAAGACUGACAGAGCAGCUGCUCGCCAGGCCCUUCACACAGUGGACUGUGCUAACCAACAGACUGGAGGGGCCGAUAGUCUCGACACUCCCUAUGCGGAGAUCGGCCUCCUGACACAGCCAAAGAAUGACACAGAGGCAAGCAGUUGCCAUGCAAGGAGAUCCGAGCUUACUCCAGCUGUCCACACCAUCUACAAGGAGUUACACAUGAGCCCAAAGCCCAGAGGAGACACCUAGACCAGAGGAGACACAGCACAAUUAAGGACUGGGGAAGAUCCACCCCAUCUUGCCUUCAGCCUGGAGUCUUCAAAUGUCCCUCCCAUGGUGGAACUGGGACUAAGGGGAUUAAUCUUUUUUUAACUCUUUAUUUUUUAGCUUUAUGAUACAUUUCCAUAGCCU